AUGUCGUCGGCCUCCCUCCGCAGCCCGGCCAUCCUUCCCCACGUGCUGGUGGCCCUCUUUGGGAUGGGCUCCUGGGUCUCCGUGAACUCCCUCUGGGUGGAGCUUCCGGUGGUGGUGAAGAAGCUGCCAGAAGGCUGGAACCUUCCCGCCUACCUCUCUGUCCUCAUCGCCCUGGGGAACAUCGGCCCGGUGAGCGUGACCCUGGUCCACCACUUUGCCCCCAAGAGGCUGAAGGAGCAGUGGCUGAUCCACGCCAUCCAGGCCUUGGCCACGGUCACGGCGCUCUUCCUCGCCCUCUUGUGGGACCGCACCGCUGUGGUGGCCGGGGAGCCCCGCAGUGUGGCCUUCUUGGCGCUGACGUUCCUGCUGGCCCUGGCCUGCUGCACCUCCAACGUCUCCUUCCUGCCCUUCAUGUACCAGUUCCCCCCGCUCUUCAUCCGCACCUUCUUCGUCGGCCAGGGGCUGAGCGCCCUCCUGCCCUGCGUGCUGGCUCUGGGGCAGGGCGUGGGGCAGCUGGAGUGCCUCAACGACACCCGGCAGAAUGCUUCGCGGUCACGCUACCUGGAGGAGAACUUCUCUGCCGGCACCUACUUUGGGCUGCUGGUGGCCCUGCUGGCGGCCUCUGCCCUCGCCUUCCUGGCUCUGGUCGUCUGGCACAGGCGCCAGGGCACCCCAGAAGAGAGGACCCCUCCCGAAGAGCGGACGGACACAGAGGAGGCCUACCCCUUGCGUGACAACAGCGACCCCGCCUUGCACGACGACGCUGCCGAGGCCUCCCUCAGCAGGGACUCUGCCUCCCCACAGACCUUCUGGACAGGGAGGAACAUCUACCUGCUGGUGCUCCUGGGGGUCUCCAAUGCCCUGACCAACGGGGUGCUGCCUUCGGUGCAGACCUACUCCUGCCUGCCCUACGGCAACACUGCCUACCAUCUCUCGGUGGUCUUCAGCAACAUUGCCAACCCCGUAGCCUGCUUCAUCGCCAUGUUCCUCCUGUGUCGGUCAUCCCUGGCCCUGAGCGCCAUCUCGGCUGCCGGAUGCGUCUUUGGGGUCUACCUGAUGGUGCUGGCGGCCCUCAGCCCCUGCCCCCCACUGUAUGACAGCCACCUGGGGGUCGUUCUUGUGGUGCUGGCCUGGAUCUUCUUCUCCGGCCUCUUCUCCUACCUAAAGGUGGUCAUCGGCAGCCUGCUGCACGAGGCCGGCCACGCGGCCCUCCUCUGGUGCGGGGCCGUCAUCCAGGCAGGCUCGCUGCUGGGGGCCUUAGCCAUGUUCCCCCCGACCAGCGUCUACCGCCUCUUCCAGCGCGGACAGGACUGCGUGGACAACUGCAGGGCGUGA